AUGAAUUGUACCCUGUCGUAUUCACAUUAUUUCCAUUUUCCAAAUGGGAAAUCAAGGGAGUACUCAGACCUACGGACCUACAUUACAAACAAAUAUGGAAACAUCACCACAGUUUUACUUCUUGUUUUUAUUGUUUCGAUACCAGCGUAUAAUUACAUGGUGGUAAAAAAUUAUAGAUCUAAAUAUCAUUAUCUUCGAUCAUUUAAUUCCAAUUUGAAUCAUUAUAUACUACAUCAACAUCAUCCAAAUUGCGCAACAGCUUCUUGGAAGGACAAGUUUUUGACGACUGUGGCAACUACAACCAAAACCAUUGCAUUCAAGUUACUUUUGCAUUACUCAACAAUUGUACAGUUAACAUUUUGGAUCUGCUUUUUGACAUCCUUAUCCCUUAUAGAUAUUUAUCAUGGUGAUUUGAUAUUCCUAGCUAAAAGACUAGGGAGAGUGUCGGCAAAUUGUCUUCCCACGAUUUUGUUUUUAACAUUGCGACCUUCGCCCUUGCCAAAUACGUUAUACUUGACACUCAUCCCCAUCCACAAAUGGCUAAGUCGAUUGAUAAUUCUCCAAGCAGUGAUACACACCUUAAUCUAUCUUGCAUACUUCAACAGAAAUGGAACCUGGGCCAAAGCCAUUAAGUUGGAAAACGUGUAUGGAUGGGUGGCUUUAGCAGCAUUCUUGAUAAUCAUUGUAACGUCCGUGUCAAAAUUUAGAGUGAGGUGGUACAAGAUAUUCUACUUCAUGCAUUACACCUGCACUUGGAUCAUUGUCUUUUCUCUUCAAAUUCACGUCAGACCACAACCUUUCACGUUGUAUACAAUUGCAAAUUGCUUGGUUCUACUCACCCAGAUAGGCUAUAGGGUCUACUUAACAAAAGUGUCAGAAAAGGGCGAGGUCAGGGUCAUUGAUGUUUCUCCCAAUUUAGCACUUAUUGAAUUCCCCAAUAACCUAAUUGCGAAACCAGCAACUGCGCCUGGAGCUCACAUCCGAUUGACUGAUUAUAGCUCUAGCAUUAUAAUGAGGAUAUUCAAACAAAUGAUACCUAACUACCACCCAUACACUUUGGUAUCACUACCCCAGGAUCGUGUUCAGAAAUUGCUCAUUCGAAAGAGUAAUUUCAGACUUUACAAUGAUCAUAGGUACUUGAUCACAGGAACAUAUGAUCCACACUUGCUUUUCUUAAACUACAAACAAAUCACAUCGAAUAAGAAGUUUUCGUUAGCCAAGUUACACGUGGAUGCAAAGAGAAUAUUGAUUGUUGUCGGAGGAUCGGCAAUUUCGUUUGCCCUUCCCAUUCUUCGUGUCAUGAACUACCAUGGUAUUCCAACCAAAGUAGUGUGGGUCAUUAAAGAUUUUCGCGAUGUGUUAGUUCUCAAAUAUUUUGAUGGUAUUAUACAUGGGGAUGAUUUGGAAAUAUUCAUUACUGGUAAAGAAACUCUCCAAGAACAUCAGCAGCAAUUAAAGAAUGCUUAUAGCUAUGCAUCCAAUUUAAGUAGAAGAUCUACUGCACCAUCAGCUCACUAUGACUUGGAAAAUGAGGAAACUCCUUUACUUGGUGGAACAGAAAACGGGCAAAUAGUCACCUUGAACCGAGAGAACCAAGACGAAGAUGUUGAGAUUGUUGUCAACUCUGACGAUGAUGACGACGAUAAUGAAUCAAAUUGCACACGACAUGACACAACUUCGCUCUGUCGACAAACUUCUCCGGAGCAAUUUGCAGACCUCGAUGAAGUUCUUGAUGAUGAUGCCAAUUCUUUGGAACAGGAUGACAAUUUCGAUGAAUUUGAGGUGACGAACGACACAAUCAAUACUCGACGUCUGUCAUUUAGGUCAUCGAUGAACGAACCCUUUGUUCCAUUCACUGGUUAUAACUCGACUGAUCAAUUUAGAUCUUGGAUUUCUGAAUUCAAAGAGACAACGCGAAGACUAAACAUUGAUAAAAAGAUUUACAAAGGUCGUCCUAAGUUGAGUCAUAGAUACUAUAACUGGUGUAUAAACGAGGGAUUCACUCAAUGUUCAGGUCCUGUGGAAGAUGAACAUCAUAAUCUUAUUUGCUGCCGAGAUUUGCCGCGUAACAAAGUUGUUCAAGAGGAUAUCAAUGCUGAAAAGAUUUGGGUGAUUGGAGCUGGGCCAAGACAAUUGGUUGAAAAUGUGAAAUUAUGGUCUAGUGAGAACGGGUUGAAAUUCCACGAAGAAGCGUUUUAUUCGUAG